GGUCCAUUUUUUGGGAACCUUCCGUCGGAGCAGAGCUUCAGCCGGAGAGCCAAGAGGCGCAGAGAGAAGCAGAAUGACAAAGACAAAAGUUGACAUCACUUUGAAAAAGUUUCAAGGAAAGACCAGCGUAGCAGGCUCGGAGACACUACCACCUGCAGGUUCCCCUCCAAGUCACGCCCCAUCCUGGCUUGGAAAUAUAUUGCUGUUUCUUCACCAUCACUGGGUCUAAAUCCUGGAACUUCCUCCCCAACAGCACCGUGGGAGCCCCUUCACCAGAAGGAAGAAGAAAUAAGUGGGCAGAUUAUUAUCUAGGAUCACUCUGUCUCUGUCAAUUGGAACCAUGUGGCUGAUGAAGCUGUUGGCUGUUGGCCUGGUGAUUGCUGCAGUCUCGGCUGCCGAGGAGAAGCUGAGCGAACAUGCGGCCACAUUGGCGGACGCCAGCAUCAAGCUGGGAUUGAACCUGUACCAUGCCAUGGCCAAGGACAAAGCCACCAGAAACAUCCUGCUCUCUCCUGUGGUGCUCGCCUCCUCCCUGGGAACAGUGUCGCUUGGGGGCCAGGACUCAACCGCCUCUGAGGCGAAGGCUCUGCUCGACAUGAGCAAGGUGCAAGACGACAAGUUCCAUCUGUCGAUCUCCCAGCUCCUGGCGGAAGUCAGCAACUCCAAGGCGCGCAAUGGGACCUGGAGAAUCGGCAGCCAGCUCUACGGUCCCACCUCAGUGAAAUUCACCGAGGACUUUGUGCAGAAGAGCAAGAAGCACUACAACCUUGAGCACUCCAAGAUCAACUUCAGGGACAAGAAGGGUGCCCUGAAGGCCAUCAAUGAGUGGGCAGCAAAGACCACAGAUGGCAAGCUUCCUGAGAUCACCAAGGACCUGGAGAAAACCGACGGAGCCAUGAUCAUCAAUGCCAUGUUCUUUAAACCUCACUGGAAUGAGAAAUUCCACCACAAGAUGGUGGACCAACGGAGUUUCAUGGUCACCCGCUCUGAGACGGUUGCGAUAGACAUGAUGCACCGCACCGGCUUGUAUAACUUCUACGUGGAUGAAGCAAAUGAGGUGUACGUGCUGGAGAUGCAGCUGUCUGCUGAGCGCUCCAGCGUGAUCUUCAUCAUGCCCUUCCAGCUGCAGCCCCUGGACGGAGUCGAGAAGCUGCUGACCAAGGAGCAGAUCAACGCCUGGGUCAGCAAAAUGAAGAAACGGGCGGUGGCCAUCUCCUUGCCAAAGGGCACAUUUGGGGUCAGCCAUCAGCUCCAGAAACAUCUGGGCAGCAUUGGUUUGACCACAGCUGUUGACAAGAGCAAAGCUGACCUGUCCAAAAUCUCGGGCAAGAAGGAUCUGUACCUGGCCAGUAUUGUCCAUGGCACUGCCUUGGAGUGGAGCACAGAUGGCGACCCAUACGAUGCUUUCAUCUACAGUCGAGAGGAGCUGAAGAACCCAGAGGUUUUUUAUGCUGACCACCCCUUCAUCUUCCUGGUCAAGGACAAAAGGACCGGUUCAUUCCUCUUUGUUGGGCGGCUAAUAAGACCAGAUGGUCGCAAAAUGCAUGACGAAUUGUAGCCACCAGGCAGCUUUGGUAUCCGUGGGGCCAAAAUGCAACAUGUCUUUCUUUUUUCCAAAAAAAAGAAAUGUCACUUCUACAUGAGCAGUGUGACAUGCUGUCUUGGGAGUAAACAGUUGGUCUUUUUGAGGAUGGUGUCCUGUAAACCCGCACCCUUACCCCCAAGUCAAUUAAAGGGACCUGUUUUUCUCCCUCAACACCCCACUUUCCUCAAAAUGCUGGGUGGAUUUCAACUAAGAGUAACUGGUUCUUAGGGCUCUAUCCUGGUUGUACCACACUAGUCCAAUCCACUGAAUCUGUAGACUUGAUUUUGCAGGGCUAACUCCACCACUGUGUAACCUCAACAAGUGGGGCUGAUUUGAAUAGCACCGCACUGAAGAUUUGGCUCAACCAAUUCCUGUUGAUGCUUCAUAGGUCCCUCUUCUCAGCUUCCUUCAUCGCACCCUAACACAUCUACCUUCCUCCCCCUCUUCUCCAGAAAAGCCUCUAUCCAUCUCAGCUACUCCCCGUGAGAGAUUUACAUUCACAGGAGACUCUGGCCAAGGCUGACAUUCCCUCAUUGAUGUACAAAUGACCACUUUCUCUAUUUUUGCAAAAUGUCCUGGCAACUUUUGGAAAGGUUUGAUUUUGAAAUCUUUUGAUUUUAACCUCAACUUUUUAUUUUUAUGGAAGGCACUUCAAAAGAGUUUGAACUUCCUUUGGAGUGAUGGGAUGGAGGUGGGAGCUUUGUGUCCUUUGUCACAUGCCGUGUUCAUCACCGAGACCUUGAAACACUUUCAUGUUUGAAAUGGUAACAAAUGCCCGACAGUAGAGGACUGGUUUAUCUGAAGGGAACAUUUUAUUCUUCAUAACUGCUGGGUGAAUCAUGAGCAACCAAUCUACUGCUGGUGGGAUUGAAUUGAUGUGGCAAAAUUUCACUAAUUAAAUAUAUUGGUAUCCCUUGUGAAUCAGACCAAUAAACUUGUUCCUACUCCUAGUUCAUCUAACCUCUUCCUUUCUUCUGCAUCUGGCUUCCCCUUGAAUACCUCACAGUUAUUCCCAAGUUGUGGCUCAUGCCCCUCUCCACCAAAGAGAUUUCUAAUGAAUUCUUAUUAUGCCUUUACUGGUGGCUUCUGGAUCUGCCCACGAUUGAUGUAGUUCAAUAAGUCUAGUUUUAAAAAAAUGCUGGAAAUGCCCUCUGGUUGGAUGGAGGAGAAAAGAUCUGUUUCAUAGAUUAAGGGACGCAGGUCAUUCAUCCUUAACUGUAUAGAACACUACACAGAAAACAGGCCAUUCAGCCCUUCUAGUCUGUGCCAAAACUUUAUUCCACUAAUCCCAUUGACCUGCACCCAGUCCAUGUAUGAUAUGUCCCAGCAGAAAUCCCUGGAGAGGAGCAGGUUGGGAGGGUGGGAACUGAUACAUGAUUGAGUUCACCUUGUAAGACUGUGGCCUCUGGUGGGACUGUGUGGUUUCCAGUUGGUUUACAUUAAUCAAGUGCCAACAUCCUUCUAGUUCUUGGGUGGAGUCGAUGGUAGCACAGAUAUCUCAAGAAAAUUUUUUUAAAAACUGCAGAUUUUGGAAAUCUGGGAUGGAUAAAGAUAAGAAAAUGCAAGGUCAGGCAGCAUCUGUGGAAGGAGGAACAGUUAAUGUUUCAGGUCUGGGACGAAGGGUCAUGAACCCUGAACAUGAACUGUUUCUCCUUCCCCAGAUGCUGCCUGGCCUGUUGAAUGUUUCCAGGUUUUCUAAGGCCGAGUCAUUUCUUGAACCUCGAGGCUCAUUACAACCUUUCCACCCUGCUGGAUAAUCAAGAGCUUGUUCCAAUUGUUUUUUUGGGAGGUAAAAAAGACUUCUAUUGUAUCUGAGCUGUUUUUAUUGCAAACCCCUCAAUUUCUUGGACAAUCAAAACUGUUUGUAUUGGGAGCAGUUGAUGACAGUGGAGUGUUGGGUGGGAAAUUGUGACAGUUCCAUUGUUGAGCUUCCUAUUGAAUGACAGUAGAUGUACUCAUGUUGCACUACCUCCUGGCCCACACCGUGUCGUCAUUGGAGAUGGAUCAUUGCAGUAUCUGAAAACUGCAUUUGGUUUUGUUUUACAAUAAAAAGAAAUGUG